AUGGUUAAACCAAUUAUUGCACCUUCCAUUCUUGCGUCAGAUUUCGCCAAUUUAGGGUGUAAUUGUCACCGUAUGUACGACAAUGGAGCCGACUGGCUCCACAUCGAUGUUAUGGACGGGAACUUUGUCCCUAACAUCUCAUUGGGACCGCCAAUUAUCUCCAGUUUGAGAAAGGAGAUCCCUAAGUCCACCACCAAGGCCAGUUUCUUCGACUGCCACAUGAUGGUGGCCAACCCGGAACAGUGGGUGCCUGAAGUUGCUAAGGCUGGUGGAGAUCAGUACACGUUCCACUACGAGUCUACCAAGGACCCGGUUGCCUUGGUGAAGCUCAUCAAAGAGCAUGGAAUGAAGGCUGCCUGUGCUGUCAAGCCAGGUACCUCAGUCGACGUGUUGUAUCCCUUGGCCGAGCACUUGGAUAUGGCCUUAGUCAUGACGGUGGAGCCAGGGUUCGGAGGACAGAAGUUCAUGCCCGAGAUGAUGCCCAAGGUAGAAGCCUUGAGAGCCAAGUUCCCCGAGUUAAACAUCCAGGUUGACGGUGGUUUGGGUAAGGAUACCAUUCCAGCAGCCGCUGCUGCUGGAGCCAACGUCAUUGUAGCCGGGACUGCUGUGUUCAAUGCUGUUGAUCCCAAGGAGAUGAUCGAGUUGUUGAGAUCGAGGGUUGCUGAGAGCUUGAAAGCGAGGGGAUUGCUUGACGAAUGA